AUGGAUGUUGACAUGGAAGUUGAGGGCAAGCUGCUUCAGCAGUUCUGUUGCAUGGGGACCUACGAUCGUGAGGUGCUGGUGGAAAAAUUUCAGCAGAUCGUUGGACCAGACGCCAAUCUUAGCCCUGAUUCGUGCCGAUUCUUUUUGGAUAUGAACAACUGGAAUCUUCCGGCAGCUUUAGGCAGUUACUACGACUUCAAUGCUCAGGAACUUGUCAGUCUUCCGUCAGUGUCGUUUCUGAAUGACAUAACGAUCGGUGAUGGCGAGAGCGUGCCUCCGCACACUCGAUUUAACAAAUUGUGGAGGAUAUGCAAUUCGGGAACGAACCCAUGGCCCGAAGGAUGCAAGCUUCGCCACGUCGGCGGCGAACGGCUGGCGGACGAGAGCGAAGUUUCGCUGCAUCCACUUUCGCCCAAAGAGGUCGAGGAUAUCUCCGUUCCGAUGACCAGUCCGGCAGAAAAUGGCAUUUACCAAUCACAAUGGCAGAUGGUCACUUCCCAGGGUAUUCCUGUUGGAGGUCAGUUUUUGAAUGUUGGAUCUUUAUGA